GAAAAUGAAUUACAACGAGCUAACUGCAAUCCCUCACCUCGGAGAACCAACGGCUAAUAUUACGCUUCUUUCUUUAAUACAUAAUAAAAUUUCAGAGCUAGAUGGAGAUUUGCUUCAGCUGUACCUUUCUUUGGAAACCUUAGACCUCAGCUCAAAUCUUCUCACAGAAAUAAAAAGCUCCUAUUUUCCACGUAUCCCUAUGAAGUAUUUGAAUCUAAGUAACAAUAGAAUUACUACUUUGGAAGCUGGAUGCUUUGACAACUUGUCUGGCUCUUUAGUAGUUUUAAAACUUAACAGGAACAAGAUCAGCAUGAUUCAACCAAAAAGUCUGAAGCUCCCUCAUUUGCAGUUCCUUGAAUUGAGACGAAACCGAAUUCAAAUUGUGGAGAGCUUGACUUUUCAAGGGCUGGAUUCGCUGAAAUCUUUAAAACUACAACGGAAUGGUAUCAGCAAACUAAUGGAUGGGGCGUUUUUUGGACUAGAUAACAUGGAGCAGUUAGAAUUAGAAUAUAAUAAUGUCACAGACAUAAAUAAAGGUUGGCUUUAUGGAUUGCGCUCACUACAACAGCUUUACAUGAGCCAGAAUGCUGUUCACAGGAUCAGUCCAGAUGCAUGGGAGUUCUGCCAGAAUCUUCUGGAUCUGGAUGUGUCAUACAACCAGCUGAACCGUUUGGAUGAGUUUGUAUUUGUUGGGCUGAGCUCACUGGAAAAACUAAACCUAGGCGAUAACCGGAUAAAUCACAUCGCUGAAGGUGUUUUUAAGGGCCUUGCAAAUCUUGAGACAUUGGACCUUCAAAAUAAUGACAUCUCCUGGGCUAUUGAAGAUUCUAAUGAAGCAUUUGCUGGACUGGUUAAGCUGCUUAAACUCAUUUUGGAAGGGAACAAGAUUAAGUCCAUCACCAAGAAAGCCUUCAGUGGCCUGGAUUCUUUGCAGCAUCUCGACUUGAGCAAUAAUGGGGUCAUGUCUGUGCAAGAGAAUGCCUUUGCUCAUGUUAAACUUCAGGAAUUAAUCCUAAACACAAGCAAUUUGCUUUGUGACUGUCAGCUAAAAUGGUUCCCCCAGUGGUUCACUGACAGUGGAUUUCAGCAUGCUGUUAACGUGAAUUGUGCCCAUCCUGAUUGGCUGUCUGGGCGUUCUGUGCUCAGUGUGGAUUCAGGGGAUUUUAUCUGCGAUAACUUUCCUAAACCACAAAUCAAAGCACAUCCGGAGACAACUGUGGCAUUGAAAGGAAUGAAUGUGACGCUCACAUGUUCUGCAGGCAGUAGUAGUGAUACGCCCAUGUACACGGCAUGGAGGAAAGACAGUGAAAUCCUGUAUGAUGCCAAAGUAGAAACUUUUGCCAGAUAUUAUAAAAAUGGAGUGGAGCUCAUAGAGUAUACUACAGUUUUGCACCUUUAUAAUGUGAACUUUACAGAUGAAGGGAAGUACCAGUGUGUCAUCACCAAUCAUUUUGGUUCCAAUUACUCCAGUAAAGCUAAGCUCACAGUCAAUGAAAUGCCUUCAUUCCUGAAAACUCCAAUGGAUCUGACCAUCCGCACUGGUGCCAUGGCACGUUUGGAAUGUGCAGCAGAAGGUCACCCGCCUCCACAAAUUGCUUGGCAGAAAGAUGGGGGAACUGAUUUUCCUGCAGCACGAGAACGCCGUAUGCAUGUUAUGCCUGAAGAUGAAGUCCUAUUCAUUGUCAAUGUUAAAAUUGAAGACAUGGGCCUUUACAGUUGUAUGGCACAAAAUGCUGCAGGAAGUAUAUCAACCAAUGUCACACUGACUGUGUUGGAAACCCCAUCGUUCAUAAGACCCCUAGAAGAUAGAACCGUUGCUCGUGGGGAAACUGCUGUAUUGCAGUGUAUAGCAGGGGGAAGCCCAGCUCCACGUUUGAAUUGGACUAAAGAUGAUGGUCCUCUGGUGGUUACUGAGCGGCAUUUCUUUGCUGCCGCUAAUCAGCUGCUCAUCAUUGUGGAUGCAGGACCUGAAGAUGCAGGGAAAUACACAUGUAUUAUGUCUAAUACCCUUGGAACUGAAAGAGGUCACAUUAACCUUUAUGUACUGUCUUCACCUAAUUGUGACUCAUCCCAGAACAUUGUGGGAUAUGAAGAAGAUGGUUGGACAACUGUGGGCAUUGUUAUAAUUGUUGUUGUCUGCUGCGUGGUGGGAACCUCUUUGGUCUGGGUUAUUGUCAUAUACCAUAUGCGAAGGAAAAAUGAAGAUUACAGCAUAAGCAGCACCGAGGACAUGAAUUUACCUGCUGACAUUCCAAGCUACCUUUCUUCCCAAGGAACCCUCUCAGAGCCACCAGAAGGAUACAGUAAUUCUGAAGCUGGCAGUCACCAGCAGCUCAUGCCUACAGCCGGUGGAUGUGUACACAAAGGAACCGAUGGAUUAUAUGUAGAUACUGGUAGUGAGGCAGAUGCAGAAAUCCUAAAUACUCAAUUCGCAGCAAAUAUGCAGAGUAGCAGAAUUCCCCCAUUAUAUGGAGUUCGUGGAGGCAUGCAUCCAGGGGAGAUGCGUGACAGUCAUCCUGUACCAGGUGCUGGGCAACAUAUGAUCUGCUCAGAUUGUUAUGACAAUGCUAAUAUCUACUCACGGACUAGAGAAUAUUGCCCAUAUACAUACAGUAUGGAGGAGGACUCAUUGGAUCAUACCUUUUCUAGCUUUAUGGCACAAAAUCCAAAAGAGACUUUCCUGUCUCACACUCUUGAGGUGGGAGCAUCUGCUACUGAGAGGGAUAUGUCUGCGUUCCUAAACAACUAUGACAGGAAGGAAAGUGCAAAACCCAGCUGUGGCUAUAGCAAGAUGAUCUAUUCUGUUUUCAAACCUACAGAUUCGGGUCUUUGUCCAAACUGGUCUACAAAGAAAGAUGGCAACAUGCCUGCACCACACCCUCACCUAUACCACCAUUCUGUAGUUGGUAAUGAGAAAACCUUACUAAGAAAUGAAGGGCCAUCUUCAAUCAAGCCAGAAGAGCAUUCCAUGCCAAGACCUUGCUUGAGAUCAUAUGACCAAGACUGUGACCUAAGCAGGACUCUAUUUAUUGGUGAUUACAAGGAAACAACCUAAUUAUACCAAAUGAAUCUGCAAGUCAGCUGACUUUGUGUGGACUACCUCAGAAUUUACUCCAUGGCCAAAAGUGCUAU